UCACUAACAAUAAGUCCGUGUUCUCCACCGUGGCUGGUUUAUACUUUGCUAGCUGGUAGCCACCGCAAUCAGCACCAGAAGCAGCGCAGCAUAAACCGCGCACAUUUCGCACUUGGCACAAGGUUGGCAAUUUCUGUGCCGGUGGCGGCGAAGAGUCGUGACUUUCGAGUCUCAGUCGCUGAUACCAGCAGCGGUAGUUGAGGUCGAUCGCCAAAAAUUCGAGAAAAUAAAACAAAUAAAUAAUUCUCUAGCUCAAAAAUUUCGGAAACGAUCGACCGGUUCAUCCCUUGAACGAGACCGACGUCUGCGUUACCCUUGUAUAAUUUUUCUACGCGAGUGUUGCCAGUAAAAUAAUUUUCAUCGAGAAGUGUACGCGUACAAUCCAUGGAAAAUUUUAUGGAUUUUACAGAAUUUCCGAAUUAUUCCAAAAAAUGCAACGAAAAAAAUAAAAAUCGAACCGCGAGAUAUCACCGGAUCAGCUACGACCAGGAUCACGAUGUUGAUAAUAAAAUCUGAGACGCGAAGCUUAUUUAUAAUACAACUAAAUUGCAUCCGCGUAACCCAUAACCCGUAACCCUUUUGCUCCGGAGCGAGUUGUGAAGUGCGCGUGUGGGUGGAUUUAGAUAUAUAUAUAUAUAAAUAUAUAUAUAUAUAUAUAAAAUACAUGGUAAUUCGUGCGUGCGUGAGAUCGGGUUGGGAGUGUUCGAAACGUGGGUUCCUACACCGCUUCUCGUUCCUCCUGUUUAUUUCUUCAAAUAAAUUAAUACACGUUUAUACUUCGUGUAUAACGACGUACAAGUGACGACGGGGAGUCAGGCAAAACCGAUCGAUUUGUGGAUCCGAAGAGUGAGAAACGGAGCAGGACUUCUCUCGUGCAUUACUUCAUUUUCACGUACGAAGUUUAUACGCUUUCAGCUUGAAAAAAAAAAACGCGAACAGGAAUAACCGGGAAUCUUCGUAGAUGUAAAAUAACGCGACGAUGACAACGACGACAACAACAGCAGCGGAAUCAACUGCGUAUUUCGUCUCGCCGUGCAAUUUUUAUCACCCGGUGCAUCAUCUCGACGACGUUGCAUCGAACGUCGUCUCUGAUAAAUUCUCUGCUAAACAGCAACGGUAUAACGUUGCAACGAAUUGAAAUUACGAGGAGGAAAUGGAGUUUUGAAAAAUAGGAAAAAAUAAAACGUUAAGAAGAAGAAGGAAGAAAUAAUAAGUAAACCGGUAGAAGGGGAUAGAAGCGCGAUGCGGCAGCAUCAGCGGCGUUGCGAGUCACGUUGUUAUAAUAGUCGGUGGAGAAGGUGCAGCUGCUGCAGUGGUUGCAGAAGAAGCUAGGAAACUAAACGAACGUCGUUUCACCUUACGUCUAGGUGCAACGCGUUGCUUCGCCUCAGCAAUUUUCACAUAUAUAUAUAUAUGCCUACGUUUGCACACCGUGUGUGUGUGUGAAUAAAACGCGUACGUGUACACACGGGGGGUAUCACCGUCUUCUCCUUCCUCAUCUCGGUCUUCGGCCGUCAACUAAAACACGUCGAGGAAAAUCAAUUCCCGCAUGGCUGCUGCUGCUGUACCGCACUAACACGGGAAACCUUCUAUUCAAGAUGCCUUUGCAUCCCCGAGCCAUUCAGCCUUGCCCGACUAACUAGUUUCUUAAAUAUGAAUGAAAUCUGACGACGACGACGACAAACUCUUGCCGAACGAUACACGCCGUAGCCUCCGAAGAACGGAUAAAAGAAGAGUGAAAAAAAAAAACCGCGAAACAUCAAAGAAUAAACGUGUAGGAAGAUUAUUCUGCCACCAUGCGCUACGGAACGAAUGGUUUUAUAGUUCUCGUUUAACAAAGAUUACUACCUACAGGUCAUUAGAUCCCGUCUAAAAUAGAACGGAUAAAGCAAGAGAGAAAAUGUUAUCCUAUAUGCUACCGGCGACCGAGGAUAAACCACCCCCAGAUAAUCGUAACGGUAAUUUGUCGCAGAUGACAUCGACCGGUCGGGUUUACCGAAUAAACGACAUUCAUCAAUCCGUUGGUCAAGCAUCUCCCGGCAGAAUGACGUUGAACGCACGGGCGAUAAACGCGUUACAAUCCACGCUGCAGUCCACAAGGACCGGCGAUCAGAUCGGCGAAAUUAUAGACGAAGGUGACGAGGUGAGCGAGUUAGAAAAAAAUUAUUCCGUCUUGAACGGCGGGGGCAGAGGUUCAGUGACGAGUAAUUUCGCCGCGGAAAACGGGAGCCCGAGACACAACGAAAGUUCGACGACGACGGCGACGACGAACGCGGUUAAAAAAACCUCGUCACUUUACACCGGGCCAGGAAGAGCCGUUGUAAAGGACGACAGUCUCUACAGCAUCGGUAGCGAUGCUAGCAGCACCGUUGGAAGUGAGAAGAAACACAAACUCUUCAACGGCGCAAAGCACGCCAGUCUCAAGAGGGUGUCUUUUGGCUCUAGCAAGGGAUCGAUGGUGGAGACACUCGUCUACGAGACGCCCGUCCAAGAGGAGCCGGAAAACAAUCAUUUUCUCGAAUACAAUGGUCGACUAUCGGGUCCCAUUACCUUGGGCUCGCCUUUGCUCCUUGCCCCCGAAACAGACGAGGGUAGAGAGAGAGUGCGAGUCUCGCUCCUGGAACCGACGCCCUGCCCUUCGACGCCGGGCGUCCUUUUGUUGGAACCUGUAACGUCGGACCUCGACGACCUACACCUUCACAAUAAUCGCACGAUGGCAACCAGUCCCGCGGAAUUACUAACGACCCAUACGGAGCACACAACGCCCACCUAUCACACGCAGAUCAGCACCGACAGCGGAUGGGACAAUCCGUUCAGGCCGGACGGCGAUCUGUCGAGAGAAGCUGACGAGAUCGUGGAGUUGAUAAAAGGGGGUAAACCGAUAACACCGACCCCCGGACAAAUCGCCCCGCCGCUUCCCGGCGUUGAGACAACGACGCCCGUGACUUCGGGAGCGGUCGCGAACGCGGCGACAGUCCCCGCGAACGGUACGAGUGAACGCGAUUCCGGUGCGAGUCCGCUCUUGAACUCGACCCUCGCCAAUCAACAGAAUUCACCGAGGCUAAAUCAGGGCAACGGUAACGCGCACGCAACGCCGAACAAGGGAGCGACCAAUAACGCCGCCAACAAUCAACACGCCGCGCACGAGAAGGUGGCGACGAGCGUGAACGCAGCGACGGUUGAGGUCGGUCGAGUAACGGCCCAAGGACCAGGGGAUGCGUCGCAGGUGGAACACGUAACAUUGAAGAAAAAACCCAAGUGUAAAUGCUGCGUACUGCAGUAGGAUGAUUUUACAAUUUAAAUAAUAUGAAUUAAUCCAAAACUCUUAACUCGAGACUAAACACGCUUUAGACUCGAAGCAACAUAAUUUAAAAAAUCCACAACCACCUGCUCGCAAACAUAGACGCGGAUCGCAAAUUCAACUCACUUGCAAUUAAAAUGAAAUAUCGCCUCCGUCAUCGUCGUCUACGCCAAGGGAUGGACGCAAUGAAAAAUCACGCAACAACCACGCGAAGAAAAUGAAUAAAUGAGAACUAAAAAAAAAAGACCACAAAUUGUUUCAAGAUUAUUUUCGUCCUGGAAAUAUAGGUAAUUUAAAUUUGAUAAGAAAGAAAUCUUCGAAUUUUAUUGACGCGAGAUGAGGCCCUAUGGGAGAUUUAAUACACACGAAAAGUCCGAGUAUGUCGAAGAAGUAACGUGUUAAUUUACCUCGCAAUGCAAUUUCGCUGACGUGUCCAAGUGGCGGAGCACGUACGUAUAGAAAUAUAUAUUUGUACCUGUAUAUCGAUAUCUAUAUGGGUAUAAAAGUACCGAUGUGUAUAGCUAUGUAUAAUAACUCGAGUCGAUUACUCGGUUGUAUAAUUGGAUUGAACUAGCUCUGCUCCGAUCUGCAAUAGCAACAGCAGCACCAGCAACUUACGUGUAAAAUCGGAGCAGGUCAAUUCGCGGUUGUGAGGCUGAACGAUGCAAACACACUGUACACUGUAUACUUGAUACCGAAUACAACAUUUACUCACUGCACCUAUGAUACAAUUAAUUACUGCAAUCAAAAGAAAGAAAGGAUAAAAAAAAAAGAACAGAAUAGUAAGUCUCGAUUCAUUCGAUAUACCUGUACCGAUAUACCGUUGAUCGCGCGGGAGGCAAAGAUAAAAAACGAAAGAAGAAAUUAUAAUCGCUGUACAGCAGAGAAUUGUGACACUCUGCAAAUAUCCUAUUAAUUGUAUAUGUACACUACUACUAUUACAUUUAUAAGUUUUACGACAAAUAUUUCUUUAAUUAUUAAUACCAAUAUUAUAAUUUAAUAAUUAUUAUUUAAUUGAAAGAAAAAAAUAUAUAUAUUUCGCCACUAUACAAUAACCGUAUUCACGAGGGAGAAGAGAAGAAAUCAAAUUUCCUCUCCCAACUUUUGUCGCAUAUUCUAUAUAAAUGUCAUGUCACUUCAUGAGAGAAAGAAACGAAAAA